AUGGCAGACGUCAACACAACAAACCAGGUAGUGCAGAGUCGACAGACACUGUCACCGACCGACACUCGAGACUCUGCCAAUCUUUCUCGCGAACUGUCUCGCCAGACCACAAACUCUGAAUAUGGUGACCUCGGCCCAGAUCCGGAAGAAGAUGGCCGGAGUGAAAAGACCUCCACAGAUGCUUCACCGUCUCGAGUCACAGGGCGCGACAUGAAUCUAACACGGACAAUCACUAGACGUGAGACCAUCUUGUCCAGGAUUCGGACGCGACAACCGAUAGGAAAUUUUAGUCAUCCGCUAGAGCAUCAGAAAACGACCGUGGAGGAUCUUGUGGAUUUUGACGGUCCAGAUGACCCAUAUAGACCAGUCAACUGGGCACUGAAGAAAAAAGUCAUCACUACGGGACUCUAUGGUCUCACCACGAUGACAGCGACCUGGUCCAGUGCUGCGUACAGUCCCGGCACGAGGCAGGUGGCUGAUGAGUAUAAUGUUGGUACACAAACCGCUACCUUGGGUACGACAUUGUUUCUGUUCGCUUUCGGCAUUGGCCCUUUAUUGUGGGCGCCCUUGUCCGAGGUUUUUGGUAGGAAGCAUGCUGUCCUGCCGCCCAUGUUUGUGGCCGCAUGCUUUGCGUUUGCCACCGCAACGGCCAAGGACCUUCAGACCAUCAUGAUCACCAGGUUCUUCUGUGGCUUCUUCGCCUCUGCUCCGGUCACCAAUACAGGAGGCGUUUUGAGCGACCUGUUCCCUCCGACUCAACGAGGUAUCGCCAUAGCAUCGUACGCCAUGGCUGUCGUCAUAGGACCAGUCUUUGGACCGAUCGUUGGUGCUGCUUUGGUGGUUCAGCCGAGUCUUGGUUGGCGAUGGACAGAAUAUCUGACAGGUAUAAUGAUGCUUUCCAUCUUGGUCAUUGACAUGAUAUUCUUGGAUGAAUCAUAUCCGCCACGUCUCCUUGUCUACAAAGCGCGCCGACUGCGCCACCAGAGUGGAAAUUGGGCUUUGCAUGCCAAGUUCGAAGAAUGGGAUGUAUCAAUCAAAGAGCUAGGUAGAAAGUUCUUGGUUCGACCUUUUCAGCUUUUACUGACGCCAAUUUGUGCUCUUGUUGCGCUAUAUGCAAGUUUUUGCUACGGGAUCUUGUACAUGCAGCUCGGUGCCAUUCCAAUCAUCUUCGAACAACAUCGACACUGGAAAGAGGUCCCUUCAGAGUUGCCCUUUUUGGCUAUACUUGUGGGCGCAGUCACUGGUGCAGGUAUCAAUGUCUACAACCAGCUUGUUUACAAUCGUAAAUCAGGUGGCAAGACUUCACCAGAACUGCGUCUACCGCCGAUGAUGUUUGGCUCGUUUCUUUUCAGCGCCGGCAUGUUUGUGACAGGCUGGACUGCGGAUCCAAAAAUCCACUGGAUUGCUCCGGUUAUCGGCCUCACCAUGACUGGCGUUGGAUUCUUUACCAUCUUCCAGGCAGCACUCAAUUACCUAGUCGAUACCUUUCAGAGAUAUGCUGCCAGUGCAGUAGCAGCGAAUACCUUCUUGCGGUCAUGUUUUGCAGCAGCGUUUCCUCUCAUCAUUUCGCCUUUAUACGCCAAUGUGGGUAUUCCUUGGGGCACCAGCAUAUUCGCCUUCUUCUCCGUGGCACUAAUCCCAGUGCCCUUCUUCUUCUUCAUUUUUGGCAAGCGUAUUAGAAUGCGGAGCAAAUGGAGUAGAUUCUAG